AUGGCCAUCGAGAAAUCAGUUGCUAUCAUUGGUGCUUCCUCAGGACUUGGUCUCGCUCUUGCCAAACACUUUGCGUCCAAAGGCACUCGUGUGUAUGGCACAACGAGAGAUGGAAAGGACAUCCAAGUCGAAGGAGUUUUCACUUCAAAGCUCGACACAUCUGAAAAGAGAUCUAUUGACGAAUUGAAGAUUCCUGAAAUCCAGGAACUUUACGUUGUCGCUGGAUACUUUUCAAAGGAAUCUUUUGAUGAAAUGUCCUGGGAAGAAGAGUUGAAGAUGUACAAGACUGGUGCUAUGGGCCCAUUAUUCGUCACUCGCCAUCUUGUGAAACAAGGAUCUCUUCGUCACGGCAGCAAGGUUAUCUGGAUUACUUCGGAAGCUGGCUCUAUUGGUUUGCGUACUGAAAAGGAGGGUGGAGGACUAUACGGUCACCAUGCUUCCAAGACUGCCCAAAACAUGAAUGGAAAACUAUUGUCGUUCGACUUGAAGCCGAAAGGAAUCUCAAUAGUUAUGAUUCACCCUGGCUUCAUGAAAACCGGUCUCACAAAAUCUGUUGGAUUCGACAAGCAUUAUGAAAAAGGCGGAGCAAUUGAUCCUGAAGAGGCAGUGGAACCAUUGUUGAAGGUUGUCGCGAAUUUAACCUUGGAAAACACGGGCAAGUUCAUUGCACCAGUGGGCCCGAAAGGAGUUGGGAACGCACAUGUUCUCGGUCCUGUUGAGAAGCUUCCAGCACCUUUAGAGUUGCCUUGGUGA